AUGGUGAAGAUGGUGCUUGAAGAAAGAUAUUUGCUGCAAAAUCUGGUUAGCGUCAUAGAUACUGUGGUCAUGUACGAGAGAGUGCAGGGAGGAUUCUUACGAAGGAAGCGAAGAAUGAAGAAGGCUUUUGUAUCCCGUGUAACGCAGUGUGACGUGACUGCACAACAGGAGAGGAUGGCUUUUACCCAUGUGUUCACCUUCGGCCCAACGUUUCGAGCGGAAAACUCACAGAGUCGCCGGCACCUGGCAGAGUUCUAUAUGGUGGAGGCCGAGCUGUCCUUCACUGAAAGCCUUCAAGACAUCAUGCAGGUUAUGGAAGAUCUUUUCAAGACAGCAACAAGCACUGUGCUCUCCAAAUGUCCCCGUGAUGUUGAGCUUUUUCAUAAAUACGUAGCUCCUGCCCAGAAGGACAGAUUGGAACACAUACUGAAGAACAAAUUUGUGAUAAUUUCCUACAAUGAAGCAGUGGAAAUUUUGAAGCAAGCUUCUCAGGCUUUCACUUUCAAGCCAGAGUGGGGCUGUGACCUCCAAACGGAACACGAAAAGUACCUGGUGAAGCACUGCGGUGAGGUUCCCGUGUUCGUGAUUAACUACCCAUACGACCUCAAACCUUUCUACAUGCGGGACAAUGAAGAUGGACCUCAACACACGGUUGCAGCUGUUGAUCUCCUCGUACCAGGAAUAGGGGAGUUGUGUGGAGGCAGCUUGAGAGAGGAGCGACUGCCCUUCCUCGAAUCGCGCCUACAGAGAUUAGGACUCACAGAUAUCUACCAAUGGUAUCUAGACCUCCGAAAAUUCGGUUCGGUUCCUCAUGGAGGCUUCGGAAUGGGGUUUGAACGCUACCUGCAGUACAUCCUGGGAGUUGACAAUAUCAAAGAUGUUAUUCCUUUCCCCAGGUUUUCUCACUCCUGUCUCCUGUAGCUCAGCUGUUGACUCACUGCUGGUGUGACUAUAUGUAUAUAACAUACUAGGAUAUGGCUAAGUGUGUUUUAGUAGGAAAUAAAGAUAUUUUUUGUAUCAGUGAAACUCUCUGUAAAUUUAAUACCGGCUUAUUGAAAAUAAUAUAUGUUCUGGUGAGAUUACGGAAGCACACGGGCAGUUAAUUUGAUAGCAGUUCAUGUCUUCAGUGGGCUUCAGGAGUAUUAAUAAAUCCCACUUAACUAAAGGGUUAAGAUUCUCGUGAGACUAGUACAAGCCCUGGAAGUACUGAAUAAGUGGUGUUGGGAGGUAGUGGGGAUUUUGUGUGAAAUAUUAAUAAGGAGGUGUGACCUAAAACGGACCGGGAGCCAGGACUGCUGUGAGG